AUGGCCGCCGCCCUUCUUAUACCAUUUUUUAUCGCGCUUGUAUCCGCCGUCCUUGAGACGACACAUGCCAACGGCACCUGUCGAACUCUUUCUGCCUACGGCCAAGAACAAACUUGCCUCUAUACAAACACUUUCAGGCCAGCUGAGAAAGCAAUCCUUUUCGGGGCAUUAUGCGGCCUAGCACCUUACUUCAACAACUCUGACACUGGCCUGAGCUCAAUUUGCCACGCCAAUGAGGCUCAUGUAUAUGUGCCAAUCGUCGGCAACAAGUUCGCUAGCUCGGGAGAGAAAUGCGACAGCGCUCCAGGACAGUACUGGCAGUACUACAAUUAUACGUGGGGGUGCUGUCUCUGUCCACCAGGUUGGAUAUCAGGGAAUACGAACCCGCUAUACUGCGGUCUCUAUGAGGGGUGUAUGAGAUGCUCUGAGAAAGACGAACAGUUGGUUGUCAAGCGUCUCGACACUUUUACGACGAUAGAAUGUAUAACGACCUCGACGACCUCGACGACCACGACGACCACGACGACCUCUACGACCUCUACCAGCUCUUGUGCAACGAGCGUAACAUCCUUACGUAGCGCUCAUCCACCACAAGCUUCCAAUGCUAUUUGUAAAUCCAGCGAGUUUGCCAACUGUCCAAAAGCUCAUAAAGUUCAGAAGAAGAACAGCAAAGGUAAGACCAUCACGCAAUUUGUGUGCAACAAGGAUCCUACGGGUAAGACACUGGCUGGCUGUCCGAGCAAAUGCUUUUUAAAAACGCCUCCGGCGUGCCCUCAAAAGUUCCCAAAGCGCUGCUGCUGGCCGGACCAGGACGGCAUUAAUUUUAUAAGAGGCGCCGAGGGAUUUUGCACCACAUUCUACAACCAAGGUGACAACCGUAAAACGAUAGGCUGGGGCCACAACUGCAACAUCACGCAGUCCCUGUGCAAUUCCCUGACCCUCCCUAUCGAUACAUGCAUUGGCGAAAACCUCUUCGCUGCCGAUAUUCAACGGCUUCUGCAUGAAGCUUUCCGACCCCUUCCCAACGCAAAACUUUUGACCCAAGGGCAGCUAAAUGCACUGCUAGACCUGGUGUACCAGUGUGGUAACAGUGCGAUCGCAAAGGGGACACCUAUUUGGAAAGACCUAGAAGCAAAGCGUGCAGAUCUGGUUUGUGGACAUAUCACGGCUAAGGGCACUGGUAGCGCAAAUUGUCAAUCGUAUAAGUCGAGGCGGUUAGCAGAGCAGGAGAAGUGCAAAGGAGGGAGUAAAGUUGCAUUGGGAUGUAGUUUUGCGCACGCUUAG